AACCCGGGAUGGAAAAGCAGCCCUGCGCGCGGAUACAUCAGCUGUUUAACCCUGGGUGUCCAGGGAUCUACUUUUUAAAGAAAACUUUACAGUCGAUCUGUCUUUUCCUACAUUCUCUCCGCACAUCUGACCGGAUUGUAUACCCCCUGCGCUGUUCUUCAUCCCUGACCCGGCGUGUGGAGAUCACAGCCUCUCUCUGCCUCUCUCUGCCUCGGUGUGACGGACACCCAGCGCAGCAUCACCGGAUCGUUUCCUGCUAAAUUCUGCACAUUCGUGCAAGAAAAUAAACUUUUAAAGUUCUUCACGUGGAAUGACGCAUUGGCGCAGCUGAAGAGAAGAUCUGUAUAUUCCAAUCACAUGGCUUCACUUUGACGGGUGACCAUCUGUUCCUCCUCUAAACGGGGAAUAUCCUGUUUUUCAAUGGUUUACUAAAGAACCAGGACAUAAUUGUCUCGUCUGUCACUCUGUAAGUUUCCCCGUCACCACCAUGGCAGCUACUCCAGAUGCCCCCUGCCUGUCGGAGCUCGGUGGACCCAACAGGAACAUCAGCCUCGUCUCCGGCACACAACCCUGCAACCGGAGCACUGCCAGGACCUCGCCUUACAACCCGCAAGCAACCGCGGCCUUCGCCAUCGCCAUCACCUUCAUGAUGAUCCUCACCAUCGUCGGGAACAUCCUGGUCAUCAUCGCCGUCCUGACGUCCCGAUCCCUCAAGGGGCCUCAGAACCUCUUCCUGGUGUCGCUGGCUGCAGCGGAUAUUUUAGUGGCAACGCUUAUUAUCCCCUUCUCAUUGGCCAAUGAGCUGCAGGGCUACUGGGCCUUCAGCUCCAUUUGGUGUGAAAUCUACCUGGCACUGGAUGUCCUCUUCUGCACGUCCUCCAUUGUGCACCUAUGCGCGAUAGCACUCGACCGCUACCUGUCGAUCUCUCGACCCAUGACUUACGGUGCCAAACGUACUCCAGCACGAAUCAAGGCAGCCAUUAUUGUAGUCUGGCUGAUCUCUGCGGUUGUCUCUUUCCCUCCUCUUCUCACUUUGGACAAGAGCGAAGGAGGGGAAGAUGUGUGCGAGCUAAACAACGAGCGCUGGUACAUUCUCUACUCCACCAUUGGCUCUUUCUUCGCCCCCUGUGUGAUAAUGAUUCUAGUGUAUGUGAAGAUUUAUCAGAUCGCUAAGCAGCAUACACGCUGCCCGCCCGGGCAGAAGCAAAAAGCUGCAGCAGGAGGAAAUGCCAGCGGGGGAACCAAUGAGCCAACGGCAAAGUUAUCCGAGCAGUCACCACAGAACGGGGAUCAAGGAGGUACGACGGCCAGCCAGCGAGAAAAAGUCCAAACCAAAAUGCCUGGCUCUGAUUCCAUCCAGUCAUCACUUCAAACCCCGCCUGAGAAUACACCGAGCCAGGACACUCAGCACUUCCCUACUAAUUCGAGUACCGCUUCACCCUCAAUCCCCAAAUGUGGCAGCCAAAUCCUUUCAGCUGUUCCCCACAAAGAGUCCCAGACACAUGCUGACGAAGGGGGGGAAGAGCUCCCCGACAACUCAUCCAGCUCUGGCUCUGAAAUGGAAAAGGAAGGCGUGCACGGCAAAGAAGAGACGAACAAGACCAACAAACAAACUUUGGGAUUGUCCCAAAGGAAAGGGUUCAAAGUUCAGAUGCUAAACCUGGCCUGCAGAUACAAAGACACAAUGGCUACAUCAUCUGGCACCAAAGUGGUUCCUGAGGAAACGCCUAAGAUUCAGGGGACACCAACAUCUCGCCGCAAAGCCAUGGUGAACAGGGAGAAGAGGUUCACCUUUGUGUUGGCUGUAGUGAUGGGAGGCUUUGUGAUCUGCUGGUUCCCUUUCUUCUUCUCGUACUCUCUUCAGGCGGUGUGCCCAGAGACUUGCAGCAUCCCCAACCCCUUGUUUAAAUUCUUCUUUUGGAUUGGCUACUGCAACUCCUGCCUCAACCCGGUCAUUUACACCAUCUUCAACCACGAUUUUAGGAAGGCCUUCAAGAGGAUACUGUGCAGGGACACGAAGGGUACAUUUUUCUAGAAGUGUAUUAUGUUUUGACCUGCCGGCGGACAGAUUUAUUUACUGCAGUUGCCAGGAUUGACAUUCUUCAGCAGAGACAUAAACACUUGUACAUUAAGGAGGAAAUUGCGGCCGUUGUCUCUUCUCCUUGUGCUCGUCUGAACGCUGUUAGCUGAGUCAGAGCAGCACCGACAAAGAGAGAGAUUUCAGAAAGCCACAGUCAAGUGGCCGAAUCAAUUAUCUUUAAUGUUAUUUAAGAAUACAUUGUAAUUGAAUAUUCAAUGACUCUGAAGAAGAAUCAUUUGAUUAUGUUUUAAAACGGAAGUCAAGAGGAUACAGGGUCUGUGUUCAGUAACUUAAAGUGCAAAUGAUGUGUGUGUGUGUGUGUGUGUGUGUGUGUGUGUGUGUGUAUGUGUGUGUGUGUGUGUGUGUGUGUGUGUGUGUGUGUGUGUGUGUGUGUGUGUGCAUGAAGAAGAGGAAGGUUGCCUAAGGGUCUGACUGGAAGAGAACAAAUAUCACUAAGUGUCCUUUAUCUGAGAUAAAAUGGGCACUCAAAGAACACAAGAUCAGGAAAUGGUGAGCGUCCUCCUCUCUGUGCCUCUUGAUCUCACUUGUUCCCUUCUCUGCUUCUUUCUCCACGUGAAGCUGUAACGUGAACAUUAUGAGGGAUGGAUCUUUUAUUCCCAAGUUUCUGUGAACCGCUGGAUGCUCACCUCUCUCUGGGAGUAUUUCAUUAAGGGGAUACAGCCAGAGGCUUUAACAGGGGGAAACUAAUGCAAGAGCAUCUGCAGAAGCUUGAUAGAUGGAAACUCUACAUUUGAAUGUGAUACGAGCGGUUUGCUACCCCCACUUACUUUCAUCUUUUCUAAAGAAUACGCAGGGAGUCAGUGCAUGUGUGGCAGUAUAAUGUUAUUUAAAUAUAUUUACUUAAUUACUGUACUUAAGUACCAAUUUGAAGCACUUUUAUUUAUUUAUUUUGUUCAUGCAACAUCCACUACACCGCAGAAACAAAUAUACUUUUGACAGCUUUAGUUAAUUGUCACACACACACACACACACACACACAAUCACACACACACACACACACACACACACACACACACACACACACACACACACACACA